AUUACCUUUUCUUUCCUCUCUCUCUCACCCUCCCGCAAUUAGACGAAAUCGCAAAUUCCCUCUUCUCCGAUCAGAUCUCCGGCAGCGGCAGCUCUCGCCGUGGAAACUCUGAUUCGCUCAGCUCCUUCAUCCAUGACACUUGGCUCGGGAGGAUAGGGGGUCGUCGAUGAAACCCAACUGAUCUUUUCGAUCGAUAUAAUCCAUCCCUUUAUUGAGCCUCCACCACAAUAGCCAAGCUAAAGCUUCCAUUCUUUCAUCAGACAGUGGAGAGAUGAUUAAUUCUCUCGGAUCCAUGGUUUUGUACCGUGUGUUUAUGCUCAUAUCGCAUGUUCUACUGCUAGGGACGGGUUGCGAGGCGAAGAAGAAUCACUUGUGCGCUGCUUCAUCUUGUGGCGAGAUCCGUAACAUAAGCUAUCCAUUUCGAUUGAAGAGCGACCCCAAAAGCUGUGGCAAGUCUGAGUUUGAGCUAGUUUGUGAAGAUAACCGUACUGUCCUAUAUCUGUAUGCCGGCCGAUAUUAUGUGAAGUCGAUCAAUUAUAAUUACUAUUGGGACAAAGGUCACUUCCGUGGUAAUAUCACGGUGGUUGAUGAUGGACUGCAAAAGGGUAAUUGCUCGUCCCUCCCUCGUUACUCAUUAGCAAGUUCCAACAUCAAUAUAGACUCCUCCAUUCCAUACUACAUGGAUCUUGAUUCCUUAUCAGCAGUGGUCUUCGUAAAGAGCUCACAACCCGUUACUUUUGAUUCGUAUGUCAAUACCAAACCUUGUAUCGAUGGAGCAUACUCUGCCAACACGGGCCCUGGUAUUUCCCAAAUGAAGGAGUACUCAUAUGCUGUACAGAAUGGCUCUGGUCUAAAGGUAGGUGAUAUCAAGGAUUCUUGCACAAUAACCAUGAUAGCAUUUGCAUCGGAUAUCUCGCCAUGGAAAGGAGAUCAAUAUAAUGGGAGCUCACGAUACAAGGACCUCCACAACAUGAUGUCCGAGGGAUUCGAUCUCUCCUACGCGGAAUAUUCAUCUUCAGUUCAUCAGGUCACACCGUUUUGCUUCAUGGGUGUCAGCUCUGGAGGGAAGUGGUGCCAUUACUACCGAUCUGUAUGGGGCAUCACCGCAGAUGUUGCUUUAAAUGGAAUUUUAGAUAGCCUCGUUGUAUUUGCUCUGUUCAGCGCCGCAAAAUUUGUACUCGGAGCUCCAUGUGUGUUGAUAUUUCUAAUCUAUAAGUGGAUGAGAAGGCACCGUGCAAUGGAUGCAAACAUCGAAGACUUUCUUCAAGCUCAUAACAACUUUCUGCCUAUAAGGUACUCUUACUCGGACAUCAAGAAAAUCACAAAAAAUUUCAAACACAAAUUAGGGGAAGGAGGAUAUGGUUCCGUGUACAGAGGAACACUUAGAAGUGGCAAUGAAAUUGCAGUUAAGAUUUUGAACAAAGCAGAAUCUAAUGGCCAAGACUUUAUAAACGAAGUGGCUACUAUUGGAAGGAUCCACCACGUCAAUGUCGUGCAACUUGUUGGCUAUUGUUUCGAUGACUCCAAACAAGCUCUCGUAUACGAUUUCAUGCCGAAUGGAUCUUUGGAUAAGCACAUUUUUUCUAGAGAUGACAAUAGAUUUCUUGAUCAGAAGAAAUUAUACGAGAUCUCUCUUGGUGUGGCUAAAGGAAUAGAAUAUCUACAUCGAGGAUGUGACAUGCAAAUUCUACAUUUUGACAUCAAGCCUCACAAUAUUCUUUUAGACCAAAGUUUCACUCCGAAAGUUUCUGACUUUGGGCUUGCAAGACUUUAUCCCGCAAACCACAACAUAGUAUCAUUGACUGCUGCAAGAGGAACCUUGGGAUAUAUGGCUCCUGAGCUAUUCUACAAGGACAUUGGUAGUGUCUCUCAUAAAUCUGAUGUUUAUAGUUUUGGGAUGUUGCUAAUGGAAAUGGCCGGUAGGAGGAGAAACGUAAAUGCAAAUCUUGAGCGUUCAAGCCAAAUUUAUUUCCCUUUGUGGGUUUAUGAUCAGCUCGGCAAAGAAAAGGAGGUUGAAAUGGAAGAAGUAGAAAAGGAAAGAGAGAUAUCUAGAAAGAUGGUAAUAGUUGCUCUUUGGUGUAUACAGUUAAUGCCCAAUGAUCGGCCAUCAAUGAGCAAGGUCCUAGACAUGCUUGAAGGAGAUAUUAAUAAAUUGCGAGUGCCCCCAAAACCGCUUUUAUAUCCGUCCGAGAAGCCACUUGAUGACGUCGACAUUGAAAUAGAACUUGAGUCAUUCUCAACCUCAUCAAGUGCCCCAACAACUUCUGACGGGUAUCAAUUUCGGAAUAACAAUGAAAUUACGGAUUCCUGCAUUGUUUAAUUUUCUUUUCUUCAU